UGAAUGACAUGGACCGGAAUGAGCUCUCUCCCGGUUCGGAUGUUGCCAUGACCAAGAAAGCGGCCCAUAAGAGCGCGCCGGCGUACCACUGCGCCAAGAGUUGCCUGGAGUCCAACUCGGAUGCCGCGGGGUCGAACCUGAAAGCCAAUCACGUCGCCACGGAGGAGACCGACGACGCGGAGGAGGAAUCCAAGUUUCAGCAUCCGCGCCUGAGGAGAGCAGGAGGGGGGAGCAGCGUCCAGAUUAAGAGCUGCGCACCGGGAGGAGGAGCGUCCAGGAGCUCCACUUCCACCGAUGCGCGCCUGGGUGAUGCUGAUGCUGCUCCUGCGGGUCGCCGCGACACCGUUAAGGGCGGAGGAGGAGGAGGCAAAGCGUCUACCGUAGUGGCCACCGUGACGGUAGAGGCUUGUAAUGCUGCCGAAGGCGACGCCAAUCCCUCAGCACCGCUUUCCAGCAUGAAAUGCAACAAGAACGGGGAGUGCAGGCGGGACUCCGGCACCGGGAGCCUCCGGUCCAUCAUGUCCAAACCCGACGGGAGCAAGCGGGCGGCGUGCAAUUCAACGACCAGCGUGGACGCGGUCAGCACGCAGGGGCAGGACGCCUCGAACCCCGGCGUCCCGGAGAAGAAGGAUUCCAGAGUGUCCUUUUCCAACGCCCCCAGCAGGAAAGCCUCGUCCUCCAUCCACGGCGCGCAGCAGCCCCGCAACUCGGUGACUUUCCUCAAAUCCGAGGAUGGAGCGCAGGAGGACGGCGAGACGCGGGGCAGCCAGGCGAGCUUCAUGCAGCGGCAGUUCAGCAGCAUGUUGCAGCCCGGGGUCAACAAAUUCUCCCUGCGCAUGUACGGGAGCCAGAAGGCGGUGGAGAAGGAGCAGGAGCGCGUGAAAUCGGCCGGCAACUGGAUCAUUCACCCCUACAGCGACUUCAGUAUCAUCCUGGACCCCAAGACCAUCAAGAAGAAGUACCUGAAGACCUGGUUUAUUGUGGACUUUGUCUCGUCCAUUCCGGUGGAUUAUAUCUUCCUGAUCGUGGAGAAGGGCAUAGACUCUGAGGUGUAUAAAACAGCACGAGCGCUGAGGAUUGUGCGUUUCACUAAAAUCCUGAGCUUGCUGAGGCUGCUGCGUCUCUCCCGGCUUAUCCGCUACAUUCACCAGUGGGAAGAGAUCUUCCAUAUGACGUAUGACCUGGCGAGCGCAGUGAUGCGGAUUUUUAACCUGAUAGCGAUGAUGCUGCUGCUGUGCCACUGGGACGGGUGCCUGCAGUUUCUGGUGCCCAUGCUGCAAGACUUCCCCUCCGACUGCUGGGUCUCCCUCAACAAGAUGGUGAACGACACGUGGAGUGAGCUGUACUCGUUUGCCGUGUUUAAAGCCAUGAGUCACAUGUUGUGCAUAGGUUACGGUCGUCAAGCUCCGGAGAGUCUCUCUGAUAUCUGGCUGACGAUGCUCAGCAUGAUCGUCGGUGCCACCUGCUAUGCCGUCUUCAUCGGACAUGCCACGGCCCUCAUCCAGUCACUGGAUUCCUCACGACGCCAGUACCAGGAGAAGUACAAGCAAGUGGAGCAGUACAUGUCCUUCCACAAACUUCCAGCAGAUUUCCGACAGAAAAUCCACGAUUACUAUGAGCACCGUUACCAGGGCAAGAUGUUUGAUGAAGAAAGCAUCCUAGAGGAGCUGAACGAGCCGCUCAGAGAGGAAAUCGUGAACUUCAACUGUCGUAAGCUGGUGGCCUCCAUGCCCCUGUUCGCCAACGCCGAGCCCAACUUUGUGACAGCCAUGCUAACGAAGCUCCGUUUCGAGGUCUUCCAACCAGGCGACUACAUCGUCCGUGAGGGAACCAUCGGCAAGAAGAUGUACUUCAUCCAGCACGGCGUGGUGAACGUGAUUACCAAAGGAACGGUUGGCUUGAAACUUUCCGACGGCUCCUACUUCGGAGAGAUCUGUCUGCUGACGCGGGGCCGUCGUACGGCGAGUGUGCGAGCGGAGACCUACUGUCGCCUGUAUUCGCUCUCCGUGGACAAUUUUAAUGAGGUUUUGGAGGAGUAUCCCAUGAUGAGGAGGGCUUUUGAGACUGUAGCCAUUGACCGACUGGACCGCUUGGGAAAAAAGAAUUCCAUCCUAAUGAACAAAGUGCAGCACGACUUAAACUCCGGCACCUUAAACAACCACGAGAAUGAGAUGAUCCAAGAGAUCGUGAAGUACGACCGCGAGAUGGUGAAGCUGAUCGACCUGCAGCGCCCGCGCGCCAUGUCCAUGACGCCCUCCAUCCCCGGCGGGUUCUUUGCUCCUCCUGGCCAGUCGCAGGGCAGCAGCUCUGCCAUCGCUACUCUACAGCAAGCGGUGGCCAUGAGCUUCUGUCCCCAGUUCGGUCCGAUGGUGGGUCCCAGCACCAUGCAGUCACCCCGUAUGGUCCGACGGUUCCAGGUAGUGCAAAGCCUUGCUAGCCCGGUGACGGUUUCUCCUCAGCAGUCUCAGCUGGGGCUUGGCGUGCUCGCCGGCGUCGCUAUGGCCAGUCCGCCGGUUCAAAGCCCGUUAGCAGCGGCGGGAGGACGAACUUUCCAAUAUGGGAGCGGCCCGAUGGGCACGCGCUCCGGAUCUCAGCUGUCACUCAUCCAACAGCACGUCCCCAGUCCCACACGGCCCAAAGGAACCCAACCACUGCAACAAAUAGGGAGCCUGACCCAAGACGCCAGAGCCCUGUCGGCUUCCCAACUCUCCCUGCCACAAGAUGGCGCUCCACCCGUUGCUCCCAGCCCACCACCGUCGACCCACGUCUCCUCGACGUCGAUCGGCCCACCUCAAGCACCCCAUCCAGCCAUCCCAGGGCCUUCUGGAGUCCGAAGCGCAGUUCCUCAGAGAAUGGCGCUGCCUCACCAGGCGUCCACAGCCGCGGUUGGGAGUUACCCGUCUACGCUGCCCCCUACAGGCACUCCGCCCGCAGUAGCGGGACCGGACUCGGUUAUACGCAAGAAAGAUUCCAUAGUCAGCCUUCCUGAGACGGACUUCACAGCCAGAUCCCGGCUUUCAUCCAACCUCUGACGAGAACUCUGAGACUCUUUGCGAUACUUUUUGUGAGUCACAGUUCGUUCUUUUUGCUCGAGUCCUGCGCUCGUAGGGUGGCUUUUCAUAGGAACCACAGGGAGGGCGUUCAGACAGACUUAAGGUGUGGUCACAUUUACCGAAAUUUUGCGGGCGAAGUUAAGUCGUUCCAAUAUGAAUCCGUACGAUCGGAAGUGUCGCACACAGUUGGUCUUUUGAAUUCACCACGUUGACCAAUGAAGCUGCAUGUUUUGAGAGUUCUGUGCUUUAUACAUCACUACGCUGUUGACGAAUUUCGUUGAAAUAUCGCUAAUGUGACCUCACCUUUACCGCUACUAGAUUUAAUGUCUCCGCUGCGAAUAGAUUCAUGAGGUCAGAUGCCUCGCUAGUGUAGCUAGUGCCGCCCCUGUACAGCUUCGGAUGCCUCUUAAUAUAUUUGUCUUUAUCGUCUCGAGUGAAAGGGAGAAAUCCUGUCGUGUGUUACUGUGGUGUUUUCCGUAGAGUUCAUACAAUGCAAUCGGGCGACUAGAAAAUCAGGGACUUGCAAGAGAUGACAAUGAUGAGAUUUGACGCUUCGCUGAAGUGUUUUGGAACGUCUCCAUUCUUUCUGUAUGAGCUCUACUUGUAGCAAUCUAAUUACUUGUCUUUCACUUUGUUGUAAAAUAUCGAUAAAAAAAAACAAGUAUUAUGGACCGCUGGUCGAUCUUAUAUCUUAAUGUAAAUAAAGGGGUAAAAAAGGGAAAAAAAUAAGUUCUAAUAGAAAACACACAAAUUGUAUUUACUCGAAAACCAAAGUUGAGCUUGAACACAAGUUUUGGUUGUGUCUGUGUCAACUGAGAAAAACAAGUCAAAUGAAAAGUCCUCUAUUUAACUGCCUUGAUUCCGAGUUUAGAAGCCAUAUACAUGGUCUGUGUGUGCGUGUGUAUUUGUGCACAUAUGCUUAUUAUUCGUUUAAUUUAUAAAACUGUUUGAUCGAACGGGAGUGUAAUGCUUGCAUUUUGUGUGUCGAUAAAGGCAAUACUUCACUGCAUCGGGAUUGCACUGAGAGUCAAGACUUGAAUGCAAUGGUUUGUUUAAAUUAGCAGGCAAACCAAAAUAAUCAUGCUGUUUUUUGUGAUCCAUGUUGAUCUGCACAUGCAAUAUAAUUCUGCAAUAUUCUCGCCCUGCCUUUUAUACGAAAGCUUCAUAUCGCAGCAUAAGCAAUUGAAUCAACGUUAUUCAGAGAAUGUUUGAAACCUCGUCUUUUAAGGCACUGGAUAAGGUUGCGCAGCUUUUGCAAUAUGUUAUGAAAUUUGUCCUCGUUUUCUAAAGUUACAUGUAUUUUUUGUCACUUUAUGUUUGGGGGUCUACGGCAGUUGCGCGUUUCAGUGAUGGAAACUCUGUGUUGAUUUUAAUUUUAUUGUUGGAAAGUACUACAGUCACAAUAAAUAGAAAAAUUCACAAUUUUGA